AUGAGCCACCCUGGACAUCAUAUUUCGUAAAGGUAGGAUGUUCCUUCUUGCUUAUAAAUAAAUUAAAGGAUGGUAAACCUAGUUCCGGGAUGUGGCCAACGAUCAGAGGGGAAUGUCCCACUUCAACUGGACUCUGGACAGUGGAACCAACUACCACAUUCUGCGCACCGCCUGCUAUCCGUAUAUGAAGUAUCACUGUAGCAAGAGGGAGGUUCAGGACCUCUGGCUAGAGGACAAAUUCUUUCGCUUCCUGAAGGUUAUCAAUUUGGGCUUACCAAUGCUCUUUUAUGGACUGGCUGCCAUCCGUCUAAUUAGUCACACAGAGAUCGUUCAUGUCAGCGAGUCGGUGAAAGUUCCCAUAUAUUUUCUAUAUGCCGAGGACAAGGGUGCCAGCUUUUGACCUGAUUUUAGAGGCAGCCAAAUGUGAAAUGUGAAAGAUAGCCUUCUUGUCUCAAUAUGUACAUAUUUAUUAAAAGUUUAACAUUUUAUGGAGCAA